AGUUCCAGCAGCAAGGGCCUCAACAAAUGCAGCAAAUGCAACAGUUUCAACAGUCACAGCCGCAACAGCAGUUUGGCCUGUACCAGCAGUUGCCACCUCACCUUCAACAGUCUCAACCACAGACUCAGGGUCAGAAUCUGCAACAGUACGGAGGCAUUCAGGGCCCGAAGCAGAGCUCGAUUGCGGUCGACAAGCCCAACUCGAUCCACUGGCAACACCAGCAGCAGUUGUGCCAAAUCUCUCGAUCUGCCAGUAUUCCUCAUUACUAUGCUCGCCAGUACGCAGCCAACUCCCGGAAAGUCAAAAACCCAUAUAACGACGUGAAGUCUGUCAGUCUUAUUGAUGCCACCAAGUCAAUUGUGGCAUCAGUGGAGGAACAAGAGAGACUCUCGCAAAAGUCAAGUACUCCCACCACAAACGCAGCCUUAUUGUACAACAAGAAAACCGUCAACUACUACGAAGACGAUACGAUGCAUGAAGAGGAGAGAAUGAGACAAAAGACCAAUGGUCAGCAGUUGUGGUGCCAAUUGGACUUGAGUGGCCAGGGCAUUUCGAACGUGUCACCCAAGUUAUUCAACUAUGACUUUUUGGAGUCGCUUUACCUCAACAACAAUAAGUUGACAGCAGUUCCUUCUAUGAUCAGUAGAUUAAGGGGAUUGAGAACUUUGGAUUUGUCUCAAAACAAGAUCGAAGACAUCCCCGGAGACCUUGGAUUAUGCUAUAAUUUGAGAUAUCUUUACUUGUUCGAUAAUGAAAUCAAAACCUUACCCAAUGGGCUUGGAAAUUUGAUUGAGUUGUUGUUUUUGGGGAUUGAAGGUAAUCCUAUGGACCCCCAAAUUGCCAAUAUCUUGGCCGAAAAGGGUACCAAGGACUUAAUCACAUACUUGAGAGACCUUCCUCCUACUUUACCCAAACCUAAGGCCAGAGAUUGGAUCUUGUUGGAAGACGAUGGAGAAGUCAUUGAUCCCACCGCCAACCCCGAGGCGUAUGCCAAUGAGGAUCUGAAUUCCUCCAGCUCAUUCACCCUCAUGUCCUACAACACCUUGUGUCAGCAUUAUGCCACCACCAGAAUGCACAAAUAUACGCCUGCGUGGGCAUUAGACUGGGAGUAUAGAAGACCCUUGUUGGAGAAGGAGGUGACUGAAAUGAACACCGAUGUUGUGUGCAUGCAAGAAGUGGAGACCCGGACUUUCCACGAGUUCUGGGUGCCUCGCAUGCAAAAGUUGGGAUACAAAGGAUUGUUCUACAGCAAAACUAGAAGCAAGACCAUGGGAGAACUUGAUGCCAAAAAGGUUGACGGGUGUGCAGUGUUCUACAAAACCAGUAAGUUCGAGUUGAUCCAAAAGAUCAACUUUGAGUAUAACAGUGCAUGUAUGGGAUCUGAGAAGUACAAGAAGACCAAAGAUCUUUUCAACCGGUUCAUGAACAAGGACCAUGUGGCCUUGAUCGCGUUCAUGCAGCACAAGGAGACGGGUGAGAAGAUCUGUAUCAUCACCACCCAUUUACACUGGGACCCGUUGUUCAACGAUGUCAAGGCCUUACAGGUGGGUGUAUUGUUGGAAGAGUUGAAGGGAAUUUUGAAGAAGUUUGUGGGAGCCAACGACGACGUCAAGAACACCCCACUCAUCAUCUGUGGAGACUUCAACUCCAUCGUCGACAGUGCAGUUUACCAGUUGUUUUCCACUGGGUCUGUUAAGACCCACAGUGAUCUCGACGGAUACGACUACGGCAAGUUCACGGAAGAAGGGUUCAAGAACGUCUUCAAGUUGAAGUCGGCCUAUGAAACCGUGGGCGAGCUUCCGUUCACCAACUGCACGCCCGACUUCACCACCACCAUCGACUAUAUCUGGUAUACUCCUGGAAGUAUCGAAGUUAAAGGCUUGUUGGGCAAGGUGGACCCUGACUACGCCAAACACGUGAUUGGCUUCCCCGAUGCUAACUUCCCGUCCGACCAUAUUCCGCUUGUAUCAAAGUUCCAGAUCAAGAAGAAUGGUGGCCACAAGCGAGCCGACUUCAAGCCAGACUUCAGACCCGGUUCGUCUCGUAAAACCUAACAUGUAUAUUAUAAUUAACGAUAUUAAUUGAGU